CGCCCCGGGGGCAGAGCCAGGCCCGGGCCGCCCGCCAGCCCGACCCGCCGCCUCUUCGGCCAUGGAAGCUGCCGGCCGCCUCGAGGCCGCGGGGACAGGCAAGUACAUCGCCUCGACACAGAGACCUGACGGGACUUGGCGCAAGCAGCGGAGGGUGAAAGAAGGCUAUGUGCCCCAGGAGGAGGUCCCAGUAUAUGAAAACAAGUAUGUGAAGUUUUUCAAGAGUAAGCCAGACCUGCCCCCGGGGCUGAGCCCUGAGGCCACCGCUCCUGCCACCCCAUCCAGGCCUGAAGGCGGUGAACCAGGCCUCUCCAAGACAGCCAAACGUAACCUGAAGCGAAAGGAGAAGAGGCGGCAACAGCAGGAGAAGGGAGAGGCAGAGGCCUUGAGCCGGACUCUGGAUAAGGUGUCGCUGGGAGAGACAGCCCAGCUCCCCAGUGCCCCACAGGGCUCCCGGGCAGCCCCUACAGCUGCCUCCGAGCAGCCUGACGCAGCCGCCACCACUGAGAAAGCCAAGAAGAUAAAGAGCCUAAGGAAGAAGCUUCGGCAGGUGGAUGAGCUGCAGCAGCGGAUCCAGGCUGGGGAGGUCACCCAGCCCAGCAAAGAGCAGCUGGAGAAGCUCGCGAGAAGGAGGGCGCUGGAAGAGGAGUUAGAGGACUUGGAGCUGGGCCUGUGAGGCCCGUGGGCAUAGGGAACGAACUGCAGAACAAACCGUGGGGCUCUCUGGGGCCCGGGGGCACGUGGGCCGCAGAGUCAGGAGGGAUCCCCCACACUGGCUCGCGUCCACCUCUUACGGCCCAGCUCUGUUCUCCAGAGCCCAGCCUCUCCCUCCUUCCUUCUCUUGUUUUCCCAACUCCUGAUUUUUGGACUUGUCCCUCCCAUCCCCAGUGUUUGAAAUCUCAGUGACUACUCUAGGUACCUUUGCUGCUGAUUUGGGUGUCUUGUUUAACAGAAAAUCGAGUGGGUGGGAAUCUCCCAGAGAACUGAGACUGAGGGCAGACAGAGAACGCCCAGGUCUUGGAGUCUUGGUUCCUGUUCACAGUGUUUCUGGGUUAUUUCCCUCCAUUCCGCCAUUCCUCACCUUUUUUUUUUUUUUUUUUAAAGAACGAGAAUAAACACAAGUAGACAUGUC